GCCCAAAAUGCUUUCGUAUAAGCUUAUAAUCCACGGUGUCCGUCCUUUGACACGAUUCAGCUUUCAUCUUUCUCAACUAUCAUCGUGACUGGGUUGGACUAUCCUCUUUCCCCCAUUUUCUCCUUCCUCGGCUUUGUGAUCGCGCUUAUACCUCUUCCCUGGCAUCUACAAGCAUGGGAUUCGGGAACAUGCUGCUACAUGAUCUGAACGGCGCUCUCUUGCCUCAACCAGUUCAUCAAUUCCAUCGUUUGGCAUAACAAUGCUAUCAAUUGGGCACCUAUUUGGUGUGACAUCUUAUGUUGUACAAGGCCAUCGAUUUGAUAUUUACAAAGACGUCGGCCGCUACCCUUUCAUUUACAAUACGCUACCAGCAUUUUUCUUGUUUGAUAGCUGGCCUAUAAUCAUCGGUCUUGUCUUCGCGGUCUAUUGCGGUCUUUCAUUGAGGGCAUUUUACUGUCGCCGUGUGGAAUUUAACCAUUUUUUGGCAGCUAGCAUGUCUCUCAACGCCAGCAGCUACUUCCGUCUUAUGGCACUCGCAACAACAAAAAUAUUUGCACUCUGGGAAAAUGUUCACCAUGACUUUUCGCAUGUCGCGCGAUAUGAUUCCAUUCUGUGGACAAUCUGUGCCUUGAUUUUCUUCGCCUUCUUUGGUUUUGCCGCAGAAGCACGGAAGAACUACGUCAUAGCUUUCUGGUGGGCGGCAAAGAUAUUCGGAUUCUCCCCAGCAAAGUCGCAACAUUAUAUGAACUCGAUUGGGUACAACCGCACCCCUCGUGCGCCUGCGAUGAUUCCAUCAGCAGGCUCAUUGGCCAUCUAUGUCGCCAAAGAACGCAAACGAACUAGCUCGUUGGCGCUAUCUUGGGAACAUUCACUGGACGAAAAGAAAGCUGCCCCAGCUUCAGAAAUGACACCUUGGGAAGCGUCUUUCCCUCAUGUCUCCUAUGAUGACGCUGUCGGACGUGUUGCAUGAUACCCGUGGGGGCGAUGCAUUGAAAACGCUCAUGCUACGAGCAGUUCGCCUUCAUUCGUUGUGAUAUUUAUUUAUACCUUUCGCGCGAGGAACAGCCGAUCUUCCAUUUGUACGUCUUUUUUUCACCGUCACACAAUCGUUUUCGACUCCGAACAGCACGAACAUCAUGUAUGAUGUAGUUCUUCAUGCGGAUCGGAUUUUCCCAAUUAUUUGUGC